AUGCAGAGCCAGGUGACAGUUCCCGACAGUGGGAGCGUGCCGCUGGGCAAUCUGCGCGGUAAUGUCUACUCUGAUGGGGUAAUGUCUACACUAAUGGCUAUUGUCUGUAACCGUUGUGGGUAUUAUCACUGUCUACUUGUGGGUAUUGUUCACUGUCUACUUGUGGGUAUUGUUCACUGUCUACUUGUGGGUAUUGUUCACUGUCUACUUGUGGGUAUUGUUCACUGUCUACUUGUGGGUAUUGUUCACUGUCUACUUGUGGGUAUUGUUCACUGUCUACUUGUGGGUAUUGUUCACUGUCUACUUGUGGGUAUUGUUCACUGUCUACUUGUGGGUAUUGUUCACUGUCUACUUGUGGGUAUUGUUCACUGUCUACUUGUGGGUAUUGUUCACUGUCUACUUGUGGGUAUUGUUCACUGUCUACUUGUGGGUAUUGUUCACUGUCUACUUGUGGGUGUAUGCCAGAAACUUCUGCAAGUGUUCUAG